AACAAUUUAAUAUAAAUUUUAUUUACUAUAACAAAAGUUCGAUCCCUGUUUCCUACCCCCUUCCCAAAUCAUUUGCCUUAAUAAAAAAAAAAAUGCAGUAUGUAAUAAAAAUUCUGAUGAGUAACAGUAAAUAAAAGAGUAAAAAGUAAAAACCCCAUGUUCAAAAAAAAUAAAAAUAAAAAAAGAGUAAAGACCCAAAACCCAGAGCUACAAUGCACAAAUGACCAGAGCCAAGAGCCUGAGCUCUCUCUUCCGAGCCGCCGCCAAAGGUGCCGGUGGCGGCGACUUACCACUCGUGGACUUCAUUUCCUCUCUCAACGCCGCAGCUCCUCCGUCCUCCACCUCCACAAAACGCUCGUUGAAGCCCCCCAAACCCGCCAAGAAACGCCUUGGCGAUGUCGAACCCUUCAACUUGUUAUUGGACCGAUCUUCACCGCCCGAGGUCUCCUCAACCCAAUUAAGGCAGCAGAUAACUUCCAUACUCGAUGAUAGAACAUCAUCAGAUGUUUCACCUGAAUCAGAAGGGACCAGCAAUGAUAAUUAUUCUGGAUCAUUGGAUAUACAGUGGCUUUCAGAGCUGAUGUCUAACGCUAAUGUACCAAUAAAGCGGAAGGAAACUUCCCGUGGAAAGAAACAGAAAUGGGUUUUUAAGAAUGGUCAGGUUCCUCAAUCUAAACAGUUAAUUAAAUUGUGUGGAGAGAAACUGGGGACAGAAGCUACUCUUCAGUUCUUUGGCCAAUUGGGAAGAGAAACUGGGGUGAAAGAGUACAAUGCACUUAUAGCCAUGUGCAUAGAUAAGGCCAGGACAACUGAUUGUGAAGAGGUUGCAUUGGUGGAAAUGUCCAAAGUUUACAGACAUUUUAAGGAAAUGAGGAAGCGCAGAUUUCAGAUAGAUGAAGUAAUUUAUGGUCAAUUGCUUAUGUUUUUCAUUGACAGGGGAAUGGUAGAAGAGUUCCACUUUUUCUGUGGACCUAUCAAAGAUGGGAAUUGUAAUUCUAUUCCAAGAUUAGGUUAUUAUGAGAUGCUGCUCUGGAUAUCAGUCAAUAACGAAGAAAUGAUUAGGAAACUUUGUGAUUACAUUGCAGCUGAUGAUAAUGAAGAUAAUCUUCAGUUAAAAGAAAACUAUUUGUUAGGACUUUGUGAAAGUCAACGAACAGAUGACUAUUUGCGAGUAUUGGAGGUCAUUGAUAUAACAAAAAUUUCUGAUAAGCAUGCAGCAACUGUGUUUAAAUCGCUGGGGAGGCUGUCAUUGGAGUCCUUCACUGAGAAGUUCCUCUUGGCAUUCAAAACCCUUGGUAGGAUCACGAUGUGUGCAUUUUUUUGAUGUGGAGAUUCCUAUUUCUGUCUGGUGGAAUUACUUGUGGCAACUGGCCACAGAUUAUUCUGAAUAAAAAUUUCUAUUUGGAAAAAAUAUAUCUUUUCUUAAAAAGUUUCUGCAGAUGAUACUGUUUUAAAACAUUUUAUGAAUUUGACUUGAGGAUUUAGCAAGUAGGACGCAUUUAGUUUAAUGGUGAUGUCCUGAGGGUAUCUGGUGCAUGUGCAAUUAUCCUGUGCUUUUUAAUUUUCUUACAAAAAGUAUGCAUAAUCUUUUCAAGUGUAGGUUUGUAACUAUAGUUCUUUGUUGGGACAUCUAAUGGUGUAAGAUUAUUAAGUUGACUAAAUAUGUGUUAUGUCAGUUGGAUGUUUGUAAUAUGUUUAUCACACUAAAUGCAGAUCAUGGAGAAGAGAAAAUUUCGAGACUCAUCUUUAGUUAUGCUUCUUGCAUUCCAAAUAUAGUGGUGAGGAAUCUCUCAUGAUGCUGCUGGUAAUUACCUUGAGUCCAUGUUUUCAUGGAGCACCUACAUUCCACCAUGUAGUUUUCAGUAUCUUGAUAAUGUUUCUGAUGUAAUUUCUAUAAAUUUUUGGAAGUUGU